AUGUCCUAUUCACCUGAAAGAAGAACAGAGGAUUGGCCGGAGGAUCCUAAAAAUGGACCGUCAAAAGACAAUUACGAUGGGUCUCCUGGUGCCGAGCACGAAACACUGGAUACAAACUGGCAUCAAGUCGUGGAAAGCUUUGAUGACAUGAAUUUGAAAGAAGAAUUAUUGCGAGGAAUAUAUGCUUAUGGUUUUGAAAAACCAUCUGCUAUCCAACAACGAGCUAUUAUGCCAUGUAUCGAAGGGCGAGAUGUUAUAGCUCAGGCCCAAUCUGGAACUGGCAAAACUGCUACGUUUUCCAUUUCAAUUCUUCAACAAAUCGAUACUAGUAUUCGUGAAUGCCAAGCACUCAUUUUAGCCCCUACUAGGGAAUUAGCCCAACAGAUUCAGAAGGUGGUUAUAGCUCUUGGUGAUCAUUUGAAUGCUAAAUGUCAUGCUUGCAUUGGUGGAACUAAUGUACGUGAAGACAUGCGACAGCUGGAAAGUGGUGUGCAUGUUGUUGUAGGUACACCAGGCAGAGUCUAUGACAUGAUAUCCCGUAGGGCAUUACGUGCCAACACAAUUAAACUUUUUGUACUUGAUGAAGCUGAUGAAAUGUUAUCUAGAGGAUUUAAAGAUCAAAUUCAUGAUGUAUUUAAAAUGUUAUCAGCCGAUGUUCAGGUUAUUUUACUCUCUGCCACUAUGCCUGAUGAUGUUUUAGAAGUCUCUCGUUGCUUCAUGAGGGAUCCUGUCCGCAUUCUUGUGCAAAAAGAAGAGCUAACACUGGAAGGUAUUAAACAAUUCUUCAUAUCUAUUGAGGUGGAAGAUUGGAAAUUGGAAACUCUUUGUGACUUGUAUGACACUCUGUCAAUUGCUCAGGCUGUCAUCUUUUGCAACACCCGCCGCAAGGUGGACUGGCUCACAGAGUCUAUGCACCAGCGCGAUUUUACUGUAUCGGCCAUGCACGGCGACAUGGACCAACGUGAGCGUGAGGUUAUCAUGAGGCAGUUCCGCACAGGUUCCUCACGUGUGCUUAUAACUACCGACUUACUGGCACGUGGAAUUGACGUACAACAAGUAUCAUGUGUCAUUAAUUAUGAUUUGCCUACUAAUCGUGAAAACUACAUCCAUCGGAUUGGAAGAGGUGGUCGUUUCGGCCGUAAAGGAAUUGCAAUUAAUUUUGUGACUGAAGCUGACAAGAGAGCAUUGAAGGACAUUGAGGACUUCUACCAUACAACUAUCACGGAAAUGCCCAAUGAUGUGGCCAACCUCAUCUGA